GCCGGUUUUUUUUUUCCUCAGACGUUGGCCCCGAUUCUAAAAGGGCCCUGUCCCAACUUCUCGUCCUCGACCAGCACGCUCUUCAUAUCUGCCCCCUUUCCCUCCAUAUUUUAUUUUCUACCAUUUCAAUUUUCUUUCCCUAUAUUACAAACCUCACACGCUGCAUUCUAAGCAGUCAUUCACUUUGAUUGCUUUCCAUUCCUCAGCCGCCCGUUGCGCAGCGCUUCGUUUCUCCCACCCAACAUACUAUCAGCGCCGCCACAAGUCGCUUACUUAUACUACGUGAUACGACCAACACCACGACCAACACUACCGCAUCUUAACAAGGCGGUUAUUGCGUGUUAUUACUCAGACUCUUUUUCAAUGAGCCUGUAAAAAAGAAGCAUAAAAGCCACUACUUCCCAGAAAGCGGUCGCUUUUCAUACCGGCGCAAGCAUCACGGGACUGGUUGCCUUCGCCCAACAAAGCUAACACCACCAACACAAACACAGUCCCAAUGGGUCUUUUUGCGCCCCUGGAGCCCCGUCCACAGCUUUCCUACUCAGACACUCCUCCUGAGCUCGCUAGUCCAACUUCUACUAACUUCUCUUGUCGCUCUUCUCCCGCCGCAGACGCUGUCUCAGCCCCGCGGCCUCUCGUCUCCCUCCCGAUGGCCAACGCCGGCGGCUUUGCCAAUGGCGACAAGCUGCCAGAACCAAGGUUAAGCAGAGUGGAAAGCAAUGAUAGCUCCGCUCAACGGCAGCAGCUGCCAUCGCUAAGUAGCAUUUUUGGCCCUCCAUCCUCCAUGGGCCCGCUGGUGCACCCAUCGUCCUUCCGCCGAGAGGAGAACAGUGCCUCCCAGUUGCCAGCUAUUACGCAACCUCGAACUGCCUUCGACGCACAGCUUGAGCAUGACCGUCAACGGUCUCUUUCUAACCCACAGUCUCCUGGAUUUCCUCCUAUAGAAGCCUCACGGAGUGCGGAAUACUCGCUCCAGUCACGCGAGGCGUCCAAUUCCCCCUGCUCGACGCUGCGAGCCAAGUUCCCUGGAAAGCCACUGGAAAGUGCCGAGCUUGAGCGCCGUCAGUCUGUAACCAGCGUAUCAAAUCUCCCUCUUACACCGAAAUCAGCCAAAUCUCCCAAGAGUGGUGACGGACCUCGGAUUGAUAUUCCCGGUCCCAAGAUUUGGACGGGAACACAGUUUCUUCCUCGCUUCGUCAGAGCAGCAGAAGUCCCUGGCGAAGGGCUGUGCUACUUUUACGACGAUGGCACACACUGCCGCAACAUUAUCGAUGGCGAGGCUGUCAAUGCUCAUUGGGGCGUCACCAAGGCUGGCAAGCCUCGCAAGAGACUAGCCAUUGCCUGCAUGACAUGCCGCGAGAAGAAAAUCAAAUGUGAUCCCGACUUCCCGCGCUGCAUGCAAUGCGAAAAGUUUGGCCGAGAUUGCCGCUUCAAGAAUGCUCCCCGCGGUGGACAGAACCCUUCACCAAGUAUGGCACCGGCCGAGCUCGACCUUACCUCCCGAAAGCUGGCCGCCGUUGAAUCGCUUCGAAUCACAAGCAACGUUGGCUCUCCUACAACACCAAACCACUUCCAAACCACACCGGAUGUCAGUUUCAAGCGCCUUCGUGUCGGCAGCACUGGCUAUGCAUCAGCAGGCGAACCAUCACCGAUGCCCGACGUGUUAAACCACUCCAAGUCACCGCUCUUGUCUUACAAAACGAUUGAUACGCAUAUGCCUGAGGACGUGCUGAUCCGCGCUUGGGCCACCGACCCUUACAAUACCGACCCUGGCGCCAUUAAACGAGUCAUCACACAGUUCUUCUCACAUACUGAUUCUUGCAUGCUACUUCGAAUGCUCCCUGAAGGCCCGUGGACACGAUGGGUUUCUCAAAGCGCUGGCCGAAAGUCUGAAGCCGAUCUUGCGCUUCUCUACAGCAUGCUUGCCCUGAGUGUCGUUCUUGCAGGCGAUAACAAGGAUAUCGCUGCAGACUAUGCACAGGUUGCUCUAUUUGCACAGAGAAAACUGCGAUACACAUGCCUACAACUUGUUCAGUCCCGUAUCAUCAUGUCGGUAUAUGCUACGGCGCAGGGCAACAACGAGGAAGCGAGUGCACUGCUUACCCACGCUAUCAAAGACGCGUUUGCCAUGGGGCUCGAUAUGGAGCUGGACAGAUCAUCGGAGGCACACCUGGAUGUAUUCCCCAUGGGAAUGAAGCGUAGCGGCUACAGCGAAGCACGCCGCCGUACUAUGUGGUCCCUAUUUAUACUGGAGCGUCUUAAUGGCGUCUUUCCAAGCAGACCACUUACGCUUAACCCUUCUGACAUUCACGUCUGCCUACCAAUGGAUAAUCAGAGUUUUGAGCAGCAGGCUGACAGGUGGAUGCCUGCUUUGGACGCUCGAUCUACUAUCAACCCAUCGUCACCAGAUGCCGCUGUUGAUAUCCCAUCGACGCUAGUCAGAAUUGUCUACAUAUGGGCUGAAUGCCAGGGCACUGUUCAUACAAUGGCCAACCGCCCCAGAGACCCUGCCACAGAUGAAGAACUACUCCGAAGACUAUCCCAUAUGGUAUCCGACUGGCAUGACAGUCUAUCCAACCGCCUCACCUUUAGCUCUACAAACCUCGAGUCAGCAUGCUUUUCCGGUAACGCCACUGCUGUUCUGGCCAUCAACCUUUUGUACAGCCAAUCCGUUAUCAAAAUCAAUCGUUACCACAGUGGUGCCUCCCGAAUGCCGACCAUGGUACAAAACAGACACUCUCGCGAAUGCCGUGAACAUGCGUGGGAGCUUAUGGAAAUGAUCCGCGCAUAUGAGCGCCUCCGCCACGAUCGACCCAGCUCGUACAGCAUGUUGCCGUUUGUUACCAUCCGUGCCUGCACAGAAGCCAUUGAUGUACUCACCGCUGCUGGCUCUAUGCCGCAGAUGGACGAUUUAUUCAAACUUUUGCGAUCUGCACGUGCUGUCAUUGAGAAUCUCUGUACCGUGUGGGAUAUGGCGCGCGAUGCUCGUUACGCCGUUGAGCGUCGCUUGGGCCAGAUCACCCAUAUUAACGGCAAGAGAGCGCAACCGACUACGCCAUUCGACGGCUACAGUAUCUACAAGUCCAGAACUGAGAAUGGGGAGCCUGUCGAUAACUGGGCCAUCUCCGAGCCUUUGGACAACACCUACCCAAAGGACACAGACCUCGUCUACCAUGGCUGCUGAGGCUCCAGGUACCACCCCACGGUACAUACCAUGGACGGCAAGGUCCCUUUAUGAUUUUAUUGUUAUUAUUUAUCCAAAAUUGGCUACAUACGCACUUUUCUAUUUUUCAAGGAGUUGAGAAUUUGGGUUUUACAGUACUAAGUGUGAAGCGCAAAACCGCAUGUCGCGCUGCUUCACAUGCUUGUAUAUGACUGCAAGGAAUUAUAUGGGCACGGAAUGUUUUUUGUUUGUUUUUUUGUUUUGGCAUGCAUAGAUGAAAUAUUUUGCAAAACACUGGAUUCUCGGGAAUUCUGCAUAUGGUGCGGUUGCAGCUGUUUUUUAUACUUGGGCGCUGUUUCAAGCACGAAAGAUACCAUAAAGGCCGGUUGUUUGAAUUGGCUGAUUCGAGCCAUGGCGUAUAUACUGUCUAUAUAGCAACAAUCUGAUUGUGCCCUGAUACACUAAAAUAUCUCCAAUAAUUACACUCUCACGCUCAAGAGUGCAUCGUGUACAGUCUAUAAUAA